AUGUGGCAAUUAUGCGUAGACGAAGCAUCAAAUCAUAAUCGAGCUGGAGCAAGAGUUGUCGUAAUCACCCCAAAUGGAACUUUGUUGGAGCAGGUCAUCACACUGGGCCUUCCAACUUCAAACAAUGAAGUAGAAUAUGAGCCAUUGCUCGCCGAAUUGCGCCUAGCAAAAGAACUAUUGAUCAAGAAAUUGGCCAUCUACUCAAACUCCCAAUUGAUUACAAAUCAAGCUUCAGGAGAGUACAUGGCAAAACAUCCGAGAAUGGUUAAGUAUCUCGACAAUGUCCAAGAACUUUUGAAGGAAUUCCCCACUUUCACCAUCCAACAAAUUCCUCGGGCAAAGAACACUCAUGCAGAUGCACUGGCAAGCCUAGGAUUAGCGCUGGACACCCAGUUCAAAUGCUCCAUCCUGAUCGAACACCACUACCAGCCAAGCAUUGAAGAAAUAGAGCAAGUAGACUCAAUGCGAAUUGAUGAGGACCCUAGCGGGCAAGGCACCAUCAUUGACUACUUGGCAAAUGGAAAUCUGCCGAUGAAUAGGGGUAAGGCAAGGCAAAGAAAGUCAAGAACAAAGGCAAGGUCAAUGGGUGUGACCACAGGGGAAACACACCAGCAAAGGCAUGAGCAACAAUACUAG